AUGGGCGGUGAUCAUCAUCAUCAUGGAGACGAAGAAGGUGGAAACUUUUAUGUACAUUUAUUUUCUGGUGCUGCAGCAGGUUUUGCAGAGCAUUGUGGAAUGUAUCCAAUUGAUACAAUCAAAACACAUAUUCAAGCAAUUAAACCAGGCAUGAAUAUCGGAACAUCAUCAGUCCAAAUUACAAAACAUAUUAUUCAACAACACGGUGUUAUGGGUUUAUUUAGAGGUUUAACUGCAGUUGCUGCUGGUGCUGCUCCAUCCCACGCUGUUCAUUUUUCAAUAUACGAAGUGUUAAAAUUUAAAUUUAUUGGCUCAGAUGAAGCUCACCACCCAGUUAAAGUUGGUGUUGCAGGUGCUAUUGCAACAAUGACAAGUGAAGCAGUUGCAUGUCCAAUGGAUGUCGUCAAACAAAGAUUACAAUUACAAAUGGCAAAUUAUAAAGGUUUAAUCGAUUGUACAAAGAGAAUUUGGAUAAACGAAGGUAUUAGAGGUUUUUAUUCAGGUUAUACAACCACCUUGGUUAUGAAUGUUCCAUACAACAUUGUUUAUUUUGCAAGUUAUGAAAGUUUAAAAAAGAUCAUUUAUCCAUUAUUUAAUAAAGAUACAAAUACCAAUCAAAAAUCAUAUCAAUUAAUUGAUAAUUUAGUCGCUGGUGGUGGUGCUGGUAUGUUGGCCGCUGCAGUAACCAAUCCUUUCGAUGUAGUUAAAACUCGUUUACAAACUCAAGCCGAUAUUGUAGCAACUGCAACCACUGCUUCCGAAGCUGCUAAACAUCAAAAAUAUGGUGGUAUGGUAGACGCCUUAAAAGUUAUCUGGAGAGAAGAGGGUAUGUCUGGUUAUUUAAGAGGUAUGAAGCCAAGAAUGGUUUUCCACUCAAUGAGUUCAGCCAUUGUUUGGUCCGUAUACGAAUACUGCAAAUUCUUACUUCAAUAA